AUGCCGUGCUUCAAGGGUCUCGCCGUGAGUAUACACACUCCGGACGGCCCUAUUUCCGAGUACUCGAUCCAACGCCAAUCCCGAGCCUCUCGCAUAGCUUGUUACAUUCCCGUACCUCCACCGAAGCUACCAGAUUCAGCUACCGGAAAACCUGAACAAUCCACCUUUGCAGUUUCAAUCACAUUGCUGAAUCCUAGUCAGGAUGUGCCCUACUCUACCCCAAAAUCAACACCGGAAAACCCCACGCCUAAACCAAAGGUUGUUGGGGGUCUUCCCGGUCAAACGGCAGAGCGAGGCCAAUACAGUAGCAUGGUGGCACCGUAUCAGCCGCUGACAAACUCUCCGAACGAGACGGUCGCAGCUUAUAUCUACUUCGACGGGCGACAAAAGGAAGAGGUCGCUACUUUGCUCCGGAGAGGCGAGGAGACCUGGGUGAACUCACGAUGGGUCAGUGUCCCUGAGUCAGAAGGAGGUGGCCUUGCUGAACGGGAAUUCCUCUUCCGUGAGGUAGGGCUGGAGCGCUGGCUCAAUGGCUUAGAUCUAGAAGGGAAGGACGUGGCCGCGAAGAUUGAGCGGAGACGGCAGAAGAUGGAAAAGCGUCGUCUAAAGCGUGCGUCGGCCGAUGGCAACAGUGACCUGGACAUGGACUCCAAGCAUGACAAGGGUAUCAUGCGCUAUGGUGACGACGUGAAAUCCCCCCUCGAGGACGUUUCGGACGAUGACAUGUCUUUCUCCGAUUCGGACGACGACCCUAUUCCAGAGUCUGCAGGGCAGAUCAAGGUGGCUCUGUUCCGUGUUCUGGCCUCGGGGGAAGUCAAACGUGGUGAAUACUCGCCGCAGUUCGAUGCUCAUGAUGACGACGACGAAGUCCAACAAGACGGGAAUGGCGGGACAGAUGCAGACGUCGACCAUACAACGAGUUUUGCAAAGCCCAAGACCCUCGACCCCAAGACCAUCAGCACACAAACGGUUACCGGGAUUGACCCUUCCGACAAGCCUUAUGCUAUUUUCACAUUCAUGUAUAGAGGAGAGCGGCAAUUGCAGAAAAUGGGCAUGUUAAAAGAUCCCAAGUCGCAAGAAACUCCUGGCUCAGUAAAGCGCAGAUCACUUCAGCCGGACUUCGCUAAUAUUGGUCCUUUGAAACCCGGUGGCACAGUUGGAUUCCUGAACUUCCGGGACAGUACCGAGAACAAGCAGAAGGGAAAGAAGAACAAGGCCGCUGGAGAUGACGACAUGGACAGUGACGACGAUGAUGAUGAUUCGAUCUUGGGUAAAGCCGACGAUGAAGAAGCUAAGGAGGACGAUCAGCAUCUGUCACCAGACGAUAUUAGACGUCAGGGGGAACUGGCCGAGGGCCUCAAACGCCAACACUCGUCAGCAUCUCUGGGCACUAGUACCCCCAAAACGGAUACCGCGAGCCCCCAGCCGUCAGGAGAGACUCCUGCAGCAUCCAGUAUCUCCACCACUCCUCCAACUGCACCAGCAGUCCUUGCCGGCAUACCCGAGGUCCCCAAGCCUGCGGCCAACAAUCUAAACGGAGAAUUCGUGGGGAGCCCAUUAAAGAAACAAAGAGCUAGUGUAUCCCAAGCGGAUGAGAACGCCCUGCGACGGAGGAUCGAAUCAGGGCUAUCUCAACCCGUCAGCGGAGCUUUGGAUAGUGCCGCUUCAGAUGGACCACAAACUGCAGGGGCGAAUUCCAGCUCCUUUGGGGCCCAUCCUCAACCAGUCUCACAGGAUAAUGAGGACGAAGAGUUGUGA